GUUUGUAAACAACCAAACUCUGUUAAAACGCUAAUUCCGGUUGUGAUUAAUUAACAUUUUAUCAAUUUAAAAGUAAAGUAUGCUGAAAAUACGUACAUGGAAUCAUGUAUUUAUCCGGCUGAAGCACAGCAAAACACACUGGUCCCAGGCCCAAAAAAAGCAGUUCGCCAAGGAUCGAGCCCUAGAAAAUUUCGACGACUUCUACGGCCAAGUUUACGGCAAAGGAUGGAAGAGCAUCCGGAUAGCGCUGCUUAGCGAGCACAAGUACAUGGCCCUGGUCAAUCAGUUCGGGGAUAACGAGCAAACGGUGGCCCGACUGGAGGCGGAAGGAGCCAUCAAUGUGCGCGAGGUUUACAAAGCUCGAAAACGAAACAUGACCGAAUCGAAUCAGACGAUGUUCGCCAAAGAUAGAGUUUUCAAGAUGGAUCAGAAAAUUGGCGUUUUUGCCGAGCAACAGCAGAGGCAGGAGAUGGAAAAGAUUUACCACAAUGAUGUUCCAGAUUCUGGCGUUAGUUUUGAAAAGAAUGAGGUAGGGGAAGCAAAAACUGUUGAUUACAAGAAAUCUCUGAAUCGCACGCUUCAUGAUGAUACUGAGAUGGACUACCAGCGGUUGAUCGAUCCCAGUACAGGUUCUUCGAGUUUGCAUGAGUUCAUUCCUGCGACCAAAUUGAAGGGAAUGGAAGAUUAUGUUCCGGAAUCUGAUCAUUACAAAUACUACAACACAAACGCAGAUUUCCCAAUUAAAAUAGAAAUGGAACAUAAUUUUGAGAUUCCAGAGAACCUCGAUAUCUACACUUAUGAACGAUGUAACACGUCGCAAUUCGAACCACCUCGUACAAGUUCUACUGGCGUUCUUUCACAUAUUCUAUUAGAUGGAGCAUCCAUCCUUCCCGCCCUAGCGUUAGAUGUUCAACCAGGUGAUCGCGUAUUGGAUGCCUGUGCAGCUCCUGGAGGCAAAUCACUUUUGCUGCUGCAAACUUUGCGUCCUGGAACAUUAGUCUGUAACGACCUUCAAGAAAGUCGGGUCAAUAGGAUAAAGAAACUCAUGAACAGCUACUUUUACGACUUCAACGAACGGUGGCGAAAGAAUCGAUGCUUCAUCACCCAGACCGAUGCGCGAGACCUCAAGGAAUAUGACAUGUACGAUCGCGUUUUGGUCGACGUCCCGUGCACGACAGAUCGUCACUCGGUCAUGGAAAACGAUAAUAACAUUUUCAAACCGGGUCGGGUGAAGGAACGCAUCCGGCUUCCGGAACUGCAGGCCGCUAUUUUGAGCAACUGCUUAAAACUUUUACGACCCGGUGGAUCUCUGGUAUACUCCACUUGCAGCUUAAGUCCGGUGCAGAACGACGGAGUUGUCCAUAUGGCGCUUAGCAAUGUCUUCAACGAUACCGGAUUGACGGUUACUGUCAAGGACCUGAGCCUUGUGAUGCAACCUUUUUCGGAUCUGUUCAAAUUUGCAUUCCCAAACACGUUGAAGUACGGCCAGCUGGUUCUGCCAUUCCUUCCGACUAACUUUGGGCCAAUGUACUUCUGUAAGCUGCAACGCAACACCUGAUGACUGAAGAAAAAUCAGCUCGGUAAGUAGUAUGUACUAAAUAAUUUUUAUUCUUAAGUAGUUUCUGUUUUAUUUAAACAAAAAAAGAUUAAACCUAAACCCAACGGUUACACAGUCUA